UUGUAUGCCGGUAAUAUAAUAGAAGAGAGUUCUAAACAAUGGACAGUGAAAAUUGAGCAGAGAAGAAGUCCUCCGUAUCCAAGUCAGAUAGCAGAAUAUCUCGAUCGUUUUGUUGUGGGUCAGAAGCAGGCAAAGAAGACCCUGGCCGUAGGCGUGUAUCAACACUACAGGCGACUUGAGCACAAUAUUGAGAGUGGAGCAGCUUCUAUCCAUCAAAUCAAAGAAGACGUUAAAAAUACCCCAAGAGGAGUUUUGUAUCAGGAUGAGAAUCGGCUUGGUCAUAUUGCCACCAGCGAGUUGAGAUCAUCGCCAAUCACUUCUCAAGUUCCAUCGAUGCAAACUCCUCCCGCAAAAAGAGCGCCACCAGUGUUCAGAGCAAUCCCAGACAAAGAACCAGUUGUUAGACUUGAAAAGUCCAACAUCCUGCUUAUUGGUCCAUCAGGUGUCGGAAAAACUUUCCUCACCCAAACUUUGGCAAGAAUACUUGACGUUCCUAUUGCGCUUUGUGACUGCACCUCUAUGACUCAAGCUGGAUACGUUGGUGAGGAUGUGGAAAGCGUGAUUCAAAAACUAGUACAAGCGGCGGGUGGAAAUGCGGAAAAAGCUCAACAGGGCAUUGUUUUUCUCGAUGAAGUAGACAAGAUAGCAGCAGCACACGAGGGACAUUCCCCUGCUUAUCGUGAUGUCAGUGGCGAAGGGGUCCAACACGCUCUUCUGAAAUUAGUAGAGGGUACGGUAGUCAAUGUGAAAAGCGGACGCAAAAGUGUCGGAGCACAACAGGAUACUGUUCAGGUUGAUACGUCUGAUAUUCUUUUCGUUGCAUCCGGUGCUUUCAACAACUUGGACAAAAUCGUGGCACGUCGGCUCGACAAGAAGAGCUUGGGAUUCGGAUCGUCAUCGGGUGAACUUCGCGUGACAGCUGAUGAUGCCAACUCAGAGCAAGCACGUAAACGUGAUUAUUUGCUGUCCAAAGCGGAUCAAGGCGAUCUUAUUAAUUUUGGAAUAGUUCCUGAACUAGUCGGUCGAUUCCCAGUACUCGUACCAUUCCAUUCAUUCGAUCAAGACAUGUUAGUUCGUGUACUCACCGAACCACAGAAUUCGCUACUUACUCAGUUGAAGUUGCAAUUCGCUAUCGAUAACGUCGAUCUUUCCUUUUCAUCAGAAGCUUUACAGCAAGUUGCACAAUUGGCUUUGGAAAGGAAAACAGGAGCUCGAGCUCUACGUUCCAUUCUUGAAGGAGUGCUGCUUGAUGCGAAGUUUACAGUUCCGGGCAGUGAUAUUGAGUCGAUACAUGUCACACGGGAAGCGGUGCUAGGAGAAGCUGAAGUGGAGUACACAAGGCGGGUUGUGGAGAACAAACAAGCUGUAUCGGCUAUGUAA